AUGGCCGACCUGAUUGUUCCCGUCUUCCUACGCCGACGACCAGAAACAACCUUUUUAUUUCAAAAUAAAACAGAGAAGAUGCCAGAACUAAACAAGAAAAUUGCGGAAAUCAAAAAGAAAAUACAAUUAUCAGAGGGCCAAAGAAGGGCAGUGUUCGAGGACUGUGAAGCCGAACGGAAAUCAAAUGCAGAUGAAAUUAUAAAACUGAAAAAAGAAAUAUCUGGUUUGAUAACUGUAUUACACGAAAGCAGAAGUCCCACGGCAAAGUACCACCUGAAAGACAGGCGAAUUGAAGAAAUUGUAGGACCCCUAACUGACAAAACAUGCGUUGAAGUAAAGGAACAGCUAGAUUUACACAUAAUCGACAAAUGUAAACAAUUAGAUCUAUUGAAAUACCAAAUGAAAAAAAGACGAAAGUACAUUACAGAAUUAGGAACAGACUAUCACAAACUAGUCAGCAAAGAAGAAAAAAAGGAGUUGCAAAAGAAAGUUGAAGAACCAUUAAAAAAGUCGGCUAGCGAAAUUCAGAACAGUAUUCAUGCAGUUGAAGUUCAAAUCCGAGAGGCAGUCCAUAUAAGGAAUAAAUACAAUGAUAUCAAAAGGUCUUUAAAAGAUGAUGCUUCCAAAUUUGAAAGUACGAUCAAAGCUCUCGAAGAGGAAUCUGGAAGGUCAAAGCUAAACUAUAUCAUGGAAGAAACUACGAAGCGCAGAGGCAAAGCACGAGGUAAUCUCUUAAGAGAAGAAAAAAUAGCAUCAUCCGCUGCCAAUCAGAGAGAAGCAGAAGCAGCUCAAGGAAGACGAUUGGUUAGUGAACGUAAGAAUGAACUGGAAAAGUUGGAGAAACGAUUAUUUCUCAGUGGCAAACUACCACCGAGACCAGUGCCAGAAGGAGCGGAAGCCGAUGGCGAAGAUGACGGUUCAACACCUCUUCAACAUCCGGUGGAAGCGAUAGCACAAGAGUUCGAGCAACUAAAGAAAGCUACGGGAGGUUCUACAUCUCAGGAAGUGUUGGAGAGGUUUCAGGCUCAACGAGACACCCAGGAGAGACUGAACGAACUAAGACAGAAGUCGGAAAACGAGAAAAAGACUAUGGAGAAAACUGUGGAAACGCUAAAGAAUAAAUUAGAGGGAUAUAAGUAUUCUGAAGUGAAGGAAGCUGAAAGAAAAUCUGGCGAAAUGGAACGACUAGUGUCGGAAAUAGAGACACAGAGGAAACGAUCUGAGGCCUAUAGACAAGCUAAAGCUUCAAAAGACAGAGCACUGUCCACAGUCUUGCAAGGAUUGCAUGGCCUCAGGUUAUUGGCUAAUCCCCUAGCUAUACCCGAGUCGAAUCCUAGUGAUAUCGUCCAGGGAAUUUUGCAAGAUAUACGGAACGUAAUGGAUAAGUAUGAAAGAUGUCGAGUGUUGGAACAGGAAGAGGAAGAAGGACAUGAAGUUAUAGAGGUUCCAGAAGAUAAUCUUCCAGCCCCUUAUAGCGGACUGAUACGCAAAACUCCUCAACCUCAAAUGACAGGAUCACCAUCCCCGGCACCACCUCCAGGUUCCGAAGAUGAAGAAGAAGUGCCGUCUAGGGGAUAUUUAAAAAGACAGGCUCAGCUGGUCAUUGAUGCAAAGUCCAGAAGAAAGAAUGUUAGAAUUCAACUUCCAAAAAGGAAUUAA